AUGCACUAUGUUGCUUCAUCCCUCCUGUCUCUCAUACAAUCGGUGCUGAGCUGCAUCAGAGUGAAUCUUAGCUCGAGUGUCUUUCAGUGCAACUCUCAAGUGUUCCCAGAUGGCAUCUCCGUCGAUCCAACUUCUGGCCACUUCGUGGACAGCUAUGGCCGGGUACGCCUCUUCCACGGCAUCAAUGCUGUUUACAAGGAAGCUCCUUGGCUACCACGCGUCGACAACUUCUCCGCAGAGGAGUCGCUGGACUCGACCACCAUCGAGCUCCUGAAGGAGUGGGGCUUCAACGUUGUCCGUUUGGGAGUGAUGUGGCCAGGAGUGGAACCGGAGCCGAGACGCAUCGAUGGCAGCUAUUUACACAGGGCAAAGCAUCUCACUCGGGAGCUCGCCGAGCGUGGGAUCUACACAAUCGCUGACCUCCAUCAGGAUCUGGGCUCUAGCCACUUCUGCGGCGAAGGUUUUCCAGAGGCCUACGUAGAUGCUCUGCUACAAGACCCGCGCAGCCGCCUUGCGCAGGCUCCGCUCUUCCCGGAGCCCUUGGGCACGUUGCCUCGCAACGCAUCCGGGCUUCCUGUACGGGAGGAGUGCCUGAAGAGGCUUUUCAGUGAUUACUACAGCACUUUCCAAGUCGGCGCUCUCUGGGCGGAGCUUUAUCGUGAAGGCUCUGAACUCUACGAAGGCUUUCUCCGGUACUGGGCUGCUGUGGCAAAAGAAUUCAAGGAUGAGCCGCAGCUUGUGGCAUUCGAGCUGCUGAAUGAGCCCUCGGACGCAUGUUUGGAGGCACGAACAGCUCCCGGCUGCUUGAGUGGUCAGGCGAUUCCCGUCCGGUUCAACAAUGACGUCGAGGUGCACAAGCUCAUGCCUUUGUACCAGGCUGCUGCUCGAGCGAUUCGUGGUGCUGGGGCUCCACAGGUCAUCCUUUACGAGCCGACCGUAUGGCCAAAAAUCGGGGCCCAGGUCUUCCCUGGGCCUGUUCUGAAUGACACGAAGCAGGGCCUUGCCUACCACAUCUACUGCGCACCAGGAGACGGCCGCAGCUUUGCGGCCGGUCUGCUUUGCGAUGCUGCUCAAAGCAUCUUUGAGCGCACCUUCUACCCUUUCCUGCAGCGCAACAAGCGCCUUGCAGGCUUCAUGACGGAGUUCGGGGCUGUUGGGGGCAGCAGCCGCGAGCUAGAGCACCUCUCCCAUCUUUUGGAUGCAGCUGACGAACAUCUGCAAAGCUGGACGUACUGGCAGCUCAAGAAAUUCAAGGACUUCACCACGGCGAACGCGCAGGAGCCGCUCUUCAGACCCGACGGCCAAGUCGAGACCGAGAAGCUGCGCGCCCUCUCACGCACGUAUGCGUUUGCCACAGCGGGCAUCCCGACCAAGAUGCGCUUCGACCAGAGUGGGGCCUUUGAGCUUGAUUUCGUGGCCACUGUACAGGACGCGCCCACCGAAAUCUUCCUGAACGAGGCGCUCCACUACCCGACGGGCUACUCCAUAUCUGUGGACCCUUCGAACUGUUUGAAUGUGCAGAAGGCGCAGCGUAACUAUUUGAAUCUCACGCUGGCGAACUCUGCAUGCCUGGGCCAGCUGCUCAAAGUCAGGCUCUGGCCUUCUACGACACAGAUCGUGUGA